CAUCAAAGCGUUUUUAGAAAGCCGCCUCGACGAGACCACGCAGAACCUCAACAGUCAUCGACGCGCCGACGCGUCGACAGUAGUCUCCACCUGUUCAUGCCGCGGCGACUGUAGGCGCUGGUAUCAACGAUGAAGCCCGGACGUGGAGGGGGCCGGGAGCCUGGCGGCGGGCGCGGUGGGCGCGGCGGGCGUGGUGGCGGCAAGUUGAGGCCGGCUUCUGGCCUGUCGAAGGCAGGAGGGCGCGGCCGCUUCGGCAAGCCUGUGAACAGGGACACAGGCCCUGAGGCCCAGCGCAAGUGGCUGUUCCAUUGCGUCCGCACCUUGCAGAAGGCCCUCAAAACAGCCCGGACAUUCGAGCUGCGAAAGAUCAAACGCCGCAUCACGCAGCUGGCGACGCAGGGCCAGGGCCGGCAGCAGCAGGUGGCGGCGGCGGCAGCAGCGGCGGCGGCGGGCGUGGAGGCAGCAGCCUCCACACCCGGCAAGGGCAAGGGACGCGGCGGCGGCGGCGAGGCGGGCGGCAGUGAGCGGGAAAAGCUGGAUGCGCAGUUGGAGGUGGCCAAAGCGAUGGAUCUGGAGCCCAUAGCGGUGCAGCUGGCGCUCCGCUCCGGCUUUCCAGAGGCGCUGGUCCGCGAGGCGACCACCGCCGGCCGCCCGCCCAAGCCGCAGAAGGGACAGCAGCAGAAGCAGAAGGGGCAACAGCAGAAGCAGAAGGGCGGCAAGGUGGCUGCUGCCGCUGCCGGCGCCGAUGCUGCUGCCGGCACGGCUGCGGUGGCCGGGGAGGCGGCGCCUGCUGUUGCGGAUGUGGCAGCAGCAGCGCAGGACGGCGAUGGCACCGCGGGUGCUGCCGCCACAGGGAGCGCCAGUGGCGGCGGUGACGGCGGCGGCGGCGGCGGCGGCGGCAGUGGUGCUGGUGCUGGUGGCGUGGCGGGUGUGCUGGCGGUGCGGCUGAUGCGGGCCUCAUGUGUGCGCAAACAGGUGGACGAGUGCCGCCGCGACUUCGCAAGCAAGUUCAAGGCCGCUGCACUUGGCCCCGACCGGGAGGGCGCGGGCGCCGCCAGUGGCAGCGGCAGCGAUGACGAGGAGGAGGAGGAGGAGGGGGCGGAAGAGGUGGAGGCGGAGGCGGAGGAGGAGGGGGAUGACGAGGAGCAGGCGGGGGACGCUGCCGCCGAGUCCAGCGGCGGGGAGGAGGAGGAGGAGACAGAGGAGGAAGGAGACGGUGAGGGCGACGAGGAAGAGGGGGGCCUGGGGUAUGCGGCGAAGCGGCGACGCCUGGCAGCGGUGGCUGCGGCGGCGCUAGGUGUUGGCGGCGAUUUUGGCGGUGACAGCGACGGCGGCGGCAGCGGCGGUGGCGGCGGCGAGGAGGAGGAUGGCGAGGCGCAGGCGGUGCAGGGCGAUGAGCAGGAGCAGGAGGAGGAGCAGGAGGACAGCGGGGUUAUUGAGGACGCGCUGAUUGACGCGUUCCUGGAGGAGAGCAGCGGCGGGCCCGACGGCCGGCGGGACGCGGGCGGGGCCGCGGGGCUGGGGCUCGAGGGCUGGGACAGCGGGGAGGGCGAUGAGGAUGCGGACGAGGACGGCGAGGGCGGAGACGACGGCAGCGGCAGCGGCGGCGGCGCGAGCGGCGAUGGCGAGGGGGAUGGUGAUGGCGGCUUCGAUAGCGAAGACUUUGACCUGCCCGCUGCCGCAGCCGCAGCUGCCGCGAAGGGCGCCAAGGCGGCGGCCAAGGGCGCGGCGGCGGCGGCGGCGUUUGGGAAGAAGCGGCCGGCGGCUGAGGUCGCGGGCGGUGACGUCGGCAAGGCCGCGGCGCCAGCCAAGCUGCUGCGCGGCGCCGACGGCGGCAGCAAGGGGCCCGCAAUGACGGAGGCCAAAACGAAGGGGAAGGCGAAGCAGGCGGCUGGCAAGGAGCCCGUCGGAGCGGAGGCGGCUCCGGGUAAGGGCAAGAAGCGGGGCGCGGAGGGCGCCGCCGGAAAGGAGGCGGCGGGCGGCAAGGCCCCCGGGGCCAAGGGCGCAAAGGCGGAGGCCGAGGGCAAGGGCCAGGGCAAGGACAAGGGAGGUGCGGGUGGCGGAGAUCCGCUCAAAGAGAAGAAGCCCAAGAACCGGCUGGGGCAGAAGGCGCGGCGGCGGAUGUACGAGCAGAUGUACGGCGGAGACGCCAACCACAUCAAGGGCGGCGGCCCCGCCAAGUCCGUAUCGCCGCCGCCACCUGACCUCAUCGCCGCCGCCGUCAAGUCCGGCGCCGCCGCCGGUUCGGGCGCGGCGGGUGCUGGCGGCGCGGCUGGGGCGGCCGCCGCGGCUGAGGCGCUGCAUCCCUCCUGGGCGGCCAAGCUGCGGCAGAAGCAGUUGCUAGCACAGGCGGCGUCGGCGGGUCCCAAGAAGAUCUCGUUUGACGAUGAUGGCGAGGGGGAUGGGGAUGCGGGGGCCUCUGGCGCUGCCGCCGCCGCCGCGCCGGCGGCCGCUGCGGCCCCGGCUCGAGGGCGGACGCAGCCGCCGCGCGAUGGUGGUGCUGGCGACAGAAGCGGGCGGGGCGGUGGCGAGAUGGCGAGAGGCGGCGGACACAGUGGCCGUGGUGGGCGGUGGGAGGAGCGCGGCGGCAGCGGCGGCGGCGGCCGCGACAGCGGCGGUCGCGGUGGGAGAGGUGGAUUUGGUGGUGGAGGCUAUGGAGGGGCGGGCCGAGGUGGUUGGGAGGGUGGUUUUGGUGGCCGCGAUGGUGGGCGGGGGGUCGCGACGAGCCGGGGUGGCGGGAGAGGCGGGCCGUCGGAGCGCGGGGGGCGUGGAGGCCGCGGCGGUGGCAGGGGCUGGGGUGGGGAUGGCGGUGGCGGUGGCGCGGCGGCCGCUUCUGGUGCGAGUGCGGGUGCGGCGGGGGCGGAGUCGGUGCACCCCUCCUGGGCGGCGCGGCAGCUGCAGCGGCAGCAGCAAAAGGCGGUGGCACGUCUGCCGCCGGCGGGAAAGAAGAUCACGUUUGAUGAUUGAUGGCUGGGUGUGUGGGUGCCGCUGGGUUCCUGUGUCUAAACGCGGAGGCUGAGCGGCUGUGGGUUGUGUCUCUAUUGGAGAGGACCCACGCCAGCACCAGGCGUGGACCAACCGCCAUUUUGCUUUGUGUGGUGGCAAUUGCAGUGUUGGUGCUCUCUAGCGCCCGGACGAGA